UCCUGCCUGCCUUCCCACCCACCCAAAGUCUGCAAACAAACUCUGGCUGUGCAGGCCAGAAGCCACCAUGGGGCGAAGAGUUUGGCUGGGGGCUUUUCUCUGCUGGGGGACCCUCGGGCUCCUGCAGGCCAACGAAGACAUCCGUCUGUUCGAGACCCUUUUUGCCAACUACGACAAGAAUACGCGGCCGGUACGUGACGUGGAGGAUGUGGUGGAGGUCUCCAUCAAACUGACCCUCACCAAUCUCAUCUCACUGAAUGAGAAAGAAGAGACCCUGACCACCAACGUCUGGAUUUUACACGAAUGGGUGGACCACCGGCUGGACUUCAGCACUGAAGACUUUGGCGGGGUGCCCGUCCUGCAGGUGCCGGCCGACAUGGUGUGGCUGCCAGACAUUGUCCUGGAGAACAACAUUGACGGCCAGUUUGAUGUGGCCUAUUUCGCCAACGUCCUGAUCUACCCCGGCGGGAACAUGUACUGGCUGCCGCCCGCCAUCUUCCGCAGCACCUGCGCCAUCGAGGUCACCUUCUUCCCCUUUGACUGGCAGAACUGCUCCCUCGUCUUCCGGUCCAAAACAUACAACGCCAAGGAGGUGCAGCUCGGCUUCAGCACUGGCGACUCGGGGGAGUUGGUGGAGCAGGUCGAUAUUGACCCAGAAGCUUUCACGGAGAAUGGCGAGUGGGCGAUCCAGCACCGACCGGCCCGCAAGGUGCUGGCCCCCAUGUCUGGCCCGGAGGCUCCCGGCUACUCGGAGAUCCACUACUUCCUGAUCAUCCAGCGCAAGCCCCUCUUCUACAUCAUCAACAUCAUCAUCCCCUGCGUGCUCAUCUCCUCCCUGGUGGUGCUCGUCUACUUCCUGCCCGCUGAGGCUGGGGGCCAGAAGUGUACCGUGAGCAUCUCGGUGCUGCUGGCCCAGACGGUCUUCCUGUUCCUGAUUGCACAGAAGGUGCCGGAGACCUCGCUCAGCGUGCCCCUCAUUGGCAAGUACCUGCUCUUUGUGAUGGGGGUGGCCACCCUGAUCGUCAUGAACUGCGUCAUUGUGCUGAACGUGUCGCUGCGCAGCCCCAGCACCCACACCAUGUCGGAGGGUCUCAAGCACGUCUUCCUGGAGGUCCUUCCUCGGUACUUGGGCUCCAACUUGGAGCCAGCCGGAGACGACCCCUGGGACGCCCCCCGCCCGCGCCGACGCAGCUCCUUCGGGAUCAUGCUGAAGGCGGAGGAAUACAUCCUGAAGAAGCCCCGCAGCGAACUCCUCUUCGAACACCAAAGCCGGCGCCACGGACUGCGCAGGGAGCCUGGACUCCGGAUGCUCCAUGGCAUUGAUGUGGGGCUGACCCACACCUUGUAUAAGAACCUGGCCAGCAUGGCGCCAGAGAUCAAGGAGUGUGUGGACGCCUGCAACUUUAUCGCGGAGAGCACCAAGGACCAAAGUGCAGACAGUGCUGAGGUGGAGAACUGGGUGCUGAUCGGACAGAUGAUGGACAAGCUCUGCUUCUGGGCCGCCAUCUUGCUCUUCACCAUCGGGACUCUUGCCAUCUUCCUCACGGGAUACCUCAACACGGUGCCCGACGACCCCUUCCCUACGCGGGAAGCCCAGUAAAGCAGGCCCCACCCCGGAGGGCAGGGAGGGCUUUCCCCAGGCGGAUGCAAGCGCUGGGUCUUCUCGCUGGACAGGGGUGCUCUGCCCCCUUGAGCACCGCCCCCCCACACACACACACACUCCGCUUCUGAGGCCAAGCUCUGGAACUCGGUGGUGUGCCUGUCCUAGCCCACCUGGUCUCAAUAAAAGAGUGGCAUUGCUUUGGA